AUGUCAGUCUCCGGAAAGAAGGAAUUUGAUGUGAAACAGAUCUUGAGACUUCGCUGGAGAUGGUUUAGCCAUCCGUCUCAGAAUGCCACCAGCCCCGGAGUCUGGUUGCAACAGGAAGGAUAUGAGCACCGAGGGACCUCAGUUCAAAACAGGCUGAAGAAUCACUCCUGGGACAGGAGCCGGCUGAAAAAGAACAGCAGCCCUCUUCAUCCCAACCUCUUGGUGCCAGGACCCAGCCUGACCCCUCUACCCCACCAGCCGGCUUCUACCUGCCCCCAGGAGAACCUUCCCGUGCCUCUGCAGCUAUCCGAGGAGACACCAAAAACAACGGACAGCCCAGAUCUGGGCGAGAAAGGAGAGGGCCACAAAAGCAGCCAGGAGUUGCAGAUGAUUACAGAAGAGGACACCAAGGAGUCGGCCAAAAGGCUCUCCGUGAGCAGCUCCUCCUCCUCCUCUCUGGGGGUGAACAGUAAUGGAUCUGAUACCUGUUUCCAUUCCGCAAACCACGCCGAGGAAACCUUCCGCAAGAUGGAGAACUACCUGCAGCAGAAGCAGCUCUGCGAUGUCCUCCUCCUGGCUGGAGACCACAAGAUCCCUGCUCACAGGCUGGUUCUGAGUGCCGUGUCUGAUUAUUUCGCGGCAAUGUUCACCAACGACGUCCGCGAAGCAAAACAAGAGGAAGUCAAAAUGGAAGGUGUCGAUCCGGAUGCCCUGAAGGACCUUGUGCUCUAUGCCUACACAGGAAUGCUGGAGCUCAAAGAAGACACCAUUGAGAGCUUGUUGGCUGCAGCGUGUCUUCUGCAACUUUCACCAGUCAUUGAGGUCUGCUGCAAUUUUCUCAUGAAGCAACUUCACCCUUCAAACUGCUUGGGAAUCCGUUCCUUUGGAGAUGCUCAAGGAUGCACAAAACUCUUACAAGUGGCCCAUGUCUACACUAUGGAACAUUUCACCGAAGUCAUAAAAAACCAAGAAUUUGUGUUACUUCCCGCUGGCGAAAUUGCUAAGCUGCUUUCCAAUGACGAUAUUAAUGUCCCAGAUGAAGAAUCCAUCUUCAAGGCAUUAAUGACAUGGGUUCAGCAUGAUUUGGACAAUCGGCAACAGGAUCUCGGGAUGCUUCUGUCUUAUAUAAGGUUGCCCCUUCUUUCUCCGGAGCUUUUAGCUGAUCUGGAAAACAGCCCCAUGUUCACAACUGAUCUUCAGUGCCAGAAGCUCUUAAUGGAAGCCAUGAAGUACCACCUUUUACCGGAAAGGAGAUCCAUGAUGCAGAGUCCUCGGACAAAGCCCAGGAAGUCCACUGUUGGUUCUCUUUAUGCUGUGGGAGGCAUGGAUGCCACGAAAGGCACCACCACCAUUGAGAAAUAUGACUUGAGAACCAACAGCUGGAUACAAAUUGGGACGAUGAGUGGAAGGCGGCUGCAGUUUGGAGUUGCGGUGAUCGACAACAAGCUCUACGUGGUGGGAGGAAGAGACGGCUUGAGGACAUCCAAUACCGUUGAAUGUUUCAACCCGAUAACGAAAGUCUGGACUGUGAUGCCCCCAAUGUCAACCCAUAGGCACGGCUUAGGGGUGGCAAUGCUUGAAGGACCCAUGUAUGCUGUUGGGGGCCAUGAUGGAUGGAGUUAUCUAAACACAGUUGAACGAUGGGACCCUCAGGCUCGGCAGUGGAAUUAUGUGGCGAGCAUGUCAACUCCAAGGAGUACUGUGGGAGUUGCGGCCUUGAAUAGCAAGUUGUACGCAGUUGGGGGGCGCGAUGGAAGCUCCUGCUUGAAAUCCAUGGAGUGCUUUGAUCCCCACACGAACAAAUGGAGCAUCUGCAACCCCAUGUCCAAAAGGCGAGGAGGGGUUGGCGUGGCAACCUACAAUGGAUUUCUCUAUGCUGUGGGAGGCCACGAUGCCCCUGCUUCAAAUCACUGUUCUCGGCUUUCUGAUUGUGUCGAAAGGUAUGAUCCCAAAACCGACACUUGGACCACUGUCGCACCUUUGAGUGUUCCUCGCGAUGCUGUUGGGAUUUGUACGCUCGGAGAUAGAUUGUACGCCGUCGGGGGCUACGAUGGACACACUUAUUUGAACACAGUAGAAUCUUACGAUGCACAGAACAAUGAAUGGACAGAGGAAGUCCCGGUCAAUGUCGGAAGAGCCGGUGCCUGUGUGGUAGUUGUGAAGCUUCCAUGAUGAACGUCUUCAGGUAGAGCAAGGCAUCUACCUGAAGACAAUCCCAUUUCUGUGACGGGCACAGCCAACGUGCUAUACAACGCGAGUGGCAUACCUUCUACUUGGCAUGAAGAAACAGGUAGAUGGCCAGUUUACAUCCUGAACUUUGAACUCCUCAUUGCUGGAAAAUUUGUUCCCAGCUUAUCCCC